GGCUUGCCACGUCUGAAAGCACUUCCGGUGCGUAUAUUUUUCUCAAACAUUAGCUCUAGCGGAAAUAUUUCCGUGAUGCAGGGUAAUGUUCUAAUGCAAACGGUUAAGACUGUCGUUAAUUUUUCCCCGAGUGUGGAAUAAUUCCGAUUUUCGAAAUAAGAAAGAAAAUGAAUUUUGACUUGUCGUACAAAGGAAGUUGCUCGCAUUUACGUGUCUACUGACAAUAACAGACAUGGCAAGAGGAAUCUGCGGGCUCAGUGAACUAGUUAAGUAACUUAAGGGCGAGAGAUGAUUAAGGUUAACGAAGCAACAACGACUUAUUGUCUAACGUGCAGAUUGUCCGUGAGUUGUCCACGCCAUGGCGAGCUUGUCUAAUUGUUAAGAAAUCACCAGUGUUUGCUGGAUUGAACGGUCGUGUGUCCAGCAUGAGUGCGUCAGCUGGGGACAGAGAGCUGCUAGGGACCCCCCUGGAUAAUACAAAGGAGGAAAUCAGUGGGCCUUCUUGCAUAGGAGACAGUGGCAAACAAGACUUGGCUGUAUGCACAGGCAGCAGUGAAAUAAAGAGCUGUGCCGUGGUCAAGUACUCUGCUGCCCCACCUCCUACCAGCUAUGCCCUGCUGCAGGAGAAGACAGACCUGAAGCUGCCACCAGCCAACUGGCUGAGAGAGAACCCACAGCUGGGCAGCGCUGGCACCACUAUAUUAGGGUCCAGCAGCAAGAGCAAGCCUUUUUCCAGUUUUGGGAUGGCCUAUGACUUCAUUGAUUGCAUUGGGGAUGAUGUUGAUGUGGUAUCAGACUCAGAGAACAUCAAAAAGCUGCUGAAAAUUCCCUACAGUAAGUCUCAUGUCAGUAUGGCUGUUCACCGCGUGGGGAGGACCCUGCUUCUGGAUGAGUUGGACAUUCAAGAGCUCUUCAGGAGGUCUUCUCAGACAGGUGAUUGGAUGUGGCUAAAAGAGUUUUAUCAGCGGCUAAUAGAUCAGAAGUGGCAGAGGAAAAAGAAGAGUAAAGAGCACUGGUACCAGAAGGCAAUCCUGUCAAAGUUUCUCUACUACAGUAUAAAUGGUGAUGGAGCUGCAGAGCCUGUACCAGACAACCUGAAUGAAGGGGAGAAGGAGAAUGGGGCAGAAGAGUUCAGUUCUUCAUGGCCUACCACCUUCACCAGUGCACCAUCUGACAUAGAAGAGUCAGACUCUCCAACGCAGGAAAGUGUUUCUGUGGACAGCAAGUUUGCCCUUGGCCAGGUGACAUCCGUGCCCAAAGAGCAAAACCUCCCUACACUCUUUGACGAAGGCGAGAACAGUCAGGGCUUAAGAAACGACUUUGUGCGAAACAUCAUGUGGGCGUUUGAGGAUAUCCACAUGUUGGUUGGGUCCAACAUGCCUAUUUUUGGAGGUGGUCGCUAUCCUGCUGUCAGUCUGAGACUCAGGGACAAUAAUAAACCAAUCAACAUUCUGACAGGUAUCGACUACUGGCUUGACAACCUGAUGUGCAAUGUCCCAGAACUUGUCAUGUGUUUUCAUGUCAAUGGCAUUGUUCAGAAAUAUGAGAUGAUAAAAACAGAAGACAUCCCUCAUCUGGAGAACUCAACUUUCUCCACAAGGGUGGUGAAAGAUAUUGCCCAGAAUAUUCUCUCUUUCCUCAAGUCCAACUGCACCAAAGAGGGUCACACCUACUGGCUUUUCAAAGCUAGUGGGAGUGAUAUUGUGAAGCUUUAUGAUCUCACAACUCUGUGUGAGGAGGCUGAAGAGGAGAAAUAUCAGAAUCCCUUCACUCUUCCUGUAGCUGUGCUACUGUACAAAGUAGCCUGCAACUUGAAAGCGAGGCUAAACAGAAAGCACUAUGGCACAAUCAGAACCCUUCUCUUAAACUGUGUCAAACUUCUGGAUCAGGAGAGGCAUCCCCAGAUCAUCGCCUCAGCCCACUACAUGCUGUCGGAACUGUUCCAGCUCGGUGAGCUUUCUGACGAAGAUGGAGCUGAGUCACUCCGGGCUGGUGGCUCAGAGGACAGCUACAGCGAUGAAGACAGGGAGGAUGAUGAUGAUGAGGAGGAUCUGACAGAGGACAGCGAUGACAAUGUCACCUACACUAACUGCUCCAGCCCACAAGACGACAGUAAAGCUGUGGCUGUGAUCCGCUCUGUAGGGGAGCUGUCGGUCCCAGAGAAGUACAAAUCCACCCACCCGAUCAGACCAAGUUCUGCUUUUCCUGUUUCUCAAGACAAAGAGGAGAGAUGCAGACACGUCCUGAGCUACGUACUAAAAGGGCUGAAGGCAGUGGAUGGCAGCAUUAAGAAGGAGAGUGAUCUCCCAGCUGCAGACCCUAACACACCCAUUCCUCUCAAAUAUGAGGAUGGAAAUGCAAUUGGAGCCUGUGCCGCUGAGAAAGGCAUCUCUCUUCUUCUUGACAGAGUGGGGCCAUUGCAGGAAGAGCAGAACCACCCAACACGCUCAGGGAUGAUCCCUGGCUCGUGGCAGCACCGUAUGAAGCUGCAGCUUUUCCUCAAAGCCUCCAAGGCCUACUACGUCCUGUCUGAUGCAGCCACUAACUUGCUGAAGUACGGACGAGCCUUGCGCUACAUCAAGCUGUCUCUGCAGUGCUAUGAUGCCUAUUGCUCAGUGAGCGGUUUACUGCACCCACAUGUGCUGCAGUUUCACAGCCAGUCUCUCUCUCUGUGUGGGGACAUCCAGCUGAUGUUGGCCCAGAAUGCCAGCAACAGAGCAGCUUACCUGGAGGAAUACAGCUACCAGACCAAAGAGGACCAGGAAAUCCUGCAUAGCCUGCACAGAGAGAGCAGCUGCCAGGCCUUCAACAUGAUAACGGACCUGGCCAUGGACCCAGAGUACCAGCUGUUUGUUAGCAGUAAAUGCUACGAGGCAGCGUAUGAACUGCUAAUCUCUGAGGCUUUGAAAGAUCAUGCAUCAGAUCAGCUGGCUCCGGUGCUCAAAAGGCUGGGAAACAUUCGCAACGAGAUGGGAGUCUACUACAUGAACCAGGCUGCGGCCAUGCAGACUGAGAAAGAAGUAAAGAAGGUGGUGUCCGCAGCAGAGCAGGAGUUGUGGAAAAAGAGUUUCUCCUUCUUUGAGAAUGGCAUGGUGGACUUUGAAGCCAUUGGAGACAGCACCAACACAGCCUUGCUGCUGUGUAAUACUGGCCGGCUGAUGAGAAUCUGUGCUCAGGCCCACUCUGACAUCUCUGCCGACCAGAGCAGAGGAGAGUUCUCACCUGAAGAGGCCCUCUACUACAACAAGGCCACAGAUUACUACUUGCGGGCUAUGAAGUCACUGGCAAGCCGAGAGAACCACCCAGCUGUGUGGGACAGUGUAAACUGGGAGCUGUCCACUACCUAUUUCACCCUGGCUACACUUCUGCAGGACUACGCCCCGCUGUCCAGAAAGGCCCAGGAGCAGAUUGAGCGGGAAGUGACUGAUGCUAUGAUGAAGUCUCUGAAGUAUUGUGACCUGCAGACGGAGUCGGCUCGUCAGCCGCUCUACCAGUACAGGGCUGCCACCAUCCACCACCGUCUAGCUUCUAUGUACCACAGCUGCUUUCGCAACCAGGUGGGGGAUGAACACUUGAGGAAGCAGCAUCGGAGCCUGGCAGAGCUUCACUACAGCAAGGCUGUUGGUUUAUUUCUCAUCCUCAAAGAUGCACCCUGUGAGCUGCUCCGCACGCUUCUGGAGAGGGUUGCCUUUGCGGAGUUUACAAUGGCAGGUCAGAGCAGCAGUGGGGCUAAGCUGAAGAGCCUGACCGGAGCUCUAGAGAUCAUGACUGACACUCGCUAUGCCUUCCAGCUGAUUCUUAAAGAGCUGCAGGAGGAGCAGAUAGAGUUGAGUGAACCAGAGCCUGCUGAAUCAGCAGAGUCUACUAACAUGGCCUCUGGCCCCACAUUGGGACUGAACCUCCAGGAAGUGAUGAAGUUAACUGGCGUGUUUGAGCCAAGUUUCUCCUUCCUGCUGCUCCAACUCAUCAAACUGAUGACGACAAUGAAAAGGAAACCAAGCAAAAAGGAUGAGGACCUGUUGAAAACCUACAGGAAUGUGUAUUCCAAGCUGCUGCGAGCUGAGAAAAAUGCGGCUCUUGUCAGCCGAGUCGAGCUCUACGUAGAGCUACUACAGCAGCUGGCCUCGCAAACAGCAAGUGAGGAUACUGGUACGCGUUUGUGAAAAACACAAAACGUAAGAACAAGGCCGCUGAAGACUUUGACUCUGCUCUCUGCAUCUCAUUGGACAUCCAAGGUACAUUCUGGAGACCUGUCAACAUGUCUCCUCAAACACACUGCAAUAGAAAAUAAUGAUUAAUAGACACUAUUAUGAACAGGCACAUCUGAAAUACAGUUUCAAAGCUAAUUCACCUCUUGCGCCUUGGAAUUUAAUUUUUUUGUAACAUUUGCAUCAAAGGUUUUGAAUUGUACAUUUUUGUGAAAAGAGUUGUAAAAUCAGAAGGCUAUU